ACGCAGCUUGUGCUCUUAGUUUACAACCAACGGAAAUGAAAGAAGAAACACUAACAUUUCAAACGUCCAAUUACAGUUCAGUUGUAUGAAGAUGCCAUACUUUGCAACCGUUACACAAAUAGCUAUUCACAUUCAUGCUGCUAUAUCUUUUUAAAAGCGAAUCUGCUUAGCGGCGGUUUAGUUAUGAUUUGAGUAUAGUGCAUCAAUUUGUCAUGGCUGCGACAAAAGAAAGCGCUAAAUACAACGGCAACCUCUUUGAAGGUGCCACCCAAGACAACACGCCACUUCCUGACAGAUUUGUAACUGAUGACACGCCGUCUUGUUCUGCUAGCGGAACCCCAGACUGUAUCCCUACCGCGUAUGGACUCGUCCAGGACGCCGUGUCCUACUGGGUUCCUAAUACUCACGUCCUUACCAGACCGGCAGACCUCUCGGCGCUACUACCCGCUGACAUUGAGCCAGUUCGUCGGAACUGGUGGACGAACCGAGUUGUCCGUAGCUCUGUGCUCCAAGCGCAAGUUUUUCGGUUACGCGCGAAGACAGGUGAACGCUUGGGGCUGAUGGAAUCGUUCAACGCGUCGGUACCCGAUGAGUCCAAGUCGCAACUCGCCGUGGAAGGGCGAUCCAGUAACCAGAAAGAUCAGUGCACUCCUAUGCAGUCUCCCCCUUUGGGGACACUUAAGUUAGUGGCAGGAAAUGGUACAAGCAUCGGCACGGUGAUGACCUUACAGUGCCCCUACACACACCGCGCUGUCAGCGGUGGCCGGGUCAUGUGCAUGCAGGACAGCAACAGAGUACAGUGGACCGGCGGAGUACCUGAGUGUAAACCACUUUCGCGUUAUGAGGGCCAGGGCUUCCGUCUGGCUGUAUUUGCUUCCAUCGUCAGCUUGGCCAUCAUCAUCUUCAUGAGCGUGAUCUUCAUCACCUCCUGCCUGCUGAACCACGUGAGGAGAGAGGAAACUAAACGACGGGAGAGAGAGAGGAAGCGGGAGGCUGCAGAAUUGUGGGCCCAAAUGGACCACCAGAACUUUGAGGAGCAGAGAGUAGCUUUCCAUGGCCCUACGGGCAGAAAUAACAACAACAACAACAACAGCAACAACAACAACACCAGCAAUGGCAGCAGACCGGCGCAACAUACCCAGCAUGCUCUAGUUCGGCCUGCACUCAGCACCCAGCAGCCAUGUAACAAUCAGCCUGCAGCAUGCAGAUGGCAUCAGGAACGUUUGAGGACUUCCCACCCAUCCAACCUUCCCCCAGUGCCCAGGGGUACGCCACAUGUAAACACACAGACUUCCUGUGCCCUACAAUCACAUAGCAUGCGCUUACAGACAGGUCUUCUCUGCAGUGGAUGUGACCGUACCUUGGAAGAGCAACCAUGGGAUCGACCCUCACCACUACCAGUGGACACGCAGGACUGGUUCUCUGAUACAACUGGGCAGAGCUUGGAGGGCGUGGAGGACCCGUUCCAGAAAGGCCAACACUCACUUGGCCCCCAAAGCCCACCCAUGUGGGUUAUAUCUGUAUAAAGAAUCCAGUUUCCUCUAUAGCAAUGAAUUACUUUGGGGGGGGGAGUACUAAUUGACUUGGUGUGCUAAAUAUAAAAGGAUUGCCAGACAAAGUAAAAGGGUGUCUUUGUGAUCAACAUGUUUCUUGUCUCGAGCAACAUGAAACUUUAUUUCAGCAUUACACUCAAAUGAGAAUUUCUGUUUUCACUUGUGCCUUAAAAAAGUUUGUUUUUUGUAUUUGAAUGUACUAUGAUGGCUAGAACUCUAUAUGGAGCAUUGCCAGCCUGUGUGUUAAACUGUUAUGAUUAUCCUGUAUAUGUAAUGUAACAUUUCAUAGUUGAUUCUGUCACUUGUACUCAACUACAGUUGUAACUCUUUGUUCUUGAAAGCCAGUCAGUGACAAGUUGAGUAAGCAUGUUAGCCUGUCACACUUUUACGAAAGCUAAGAAAGCUGCUGAUCAAGUUUUGCUUCAACAGAAAAUAAUAAUAAUAAUAAUAAUAAACAUGGUGGAUUCAUGUGGAUAUAAUACUUGGGUAGGUUUAACUUGCAAUAGAUCGUUUUUUUUCUUUCCCUCUUACACAUCUGUGUAAAAGUAUAAGCAUCCUGUUACUAUAUGUAUGUGGUAAAAAGUAACUACAUUCAGUAUAGCCCAACACUGGAUCCACAUUAGCUUUUGACUGGAUGUACUAUAUCUGAGUGUGUAACGAUAAACACAUGAGACAAAUUGUGAUACAUAAGAGCCUACAAGAACUGGAUUUGUAAUGUCUUCCUGAUUAAAUGAUUCUUUGAAAAAAUGGCACAAG